UAACAAAUUCACUCAUCCUCCUACAGCAAAGCUCGAGCACAGCAAGAGCACUAAAGCUAACUAGAGCUUCCAGCAAUGGCGACCUCCGCGGUGCUCUUCCUCCUCCUCGCUGUUUUUGCCGCCGGUGCCAGCGCGGCCAUCUUCAACAUCAAGAACAACUGCGGCUCCACAAUUUGGCCGGCGGGCAUCCCGGUGGGUGGGGGCUUCGCGCUGGGCGCAGGCCAGACGUCCAGCAUCAACGUGCCCGCGGGCACCAAAGCCGGGAGGAUAUGGGCUCGCACCGGGUGCUCCUUCAAUGGCGGCAGCGGGAGCUGCCGGACCGGCGACUGCGGCGGCCAGCUGUCCUGCUCCCUCUCCGGGCGGCCACCAGCAACGCUGGCCGAGUACACCAUCGGCGGCGGCAGCACCCAGGACUUCUACGACAUCUCGGUGAUCGACGGCUUCAACCUUGCCAUGGACUUCUCGUGCAGCACCGGCGACGCGCUCCAGUGCAGGGAUCCCAGCUGCCCGCCGCCGCAAGCCUACCAACACCCCAACGACCAAGCCACACACGCCUGCAGUGGCAAUAAUAACUACCAGAUCACCUUCUGCCCAUGAAGGCUGUUCACGUCGCACCACGAAUCAAUAAAAGGCGUACGUAGAUAUACGGCCCUAUAAAUAAAAGGCGUGCUGCUUAAUACAUCACAUUAUCAUAUUACAACCACUGUACUACUACAUGUUAGCCCACUACUAUGAACGUUUCAUUGAUAUUUGAGUACACAGUACAAGGCAAUAAAAAUUUACCUAUCUACCCUA